ACAGCACUUGUAUUGAGCAAGGGUUCAGUAUCAUUUGCAAAUGCUUAUUGUCAAGUCAGGGAGUGCCAGUAAAGAGAAAAGCACCCCAGUCCGUCUCCUCUAGUUCUGUAGGUUUAAUCACAUCUCUCCAACCGCUGAGGGGACUAGAGAUUUAAACAAACACGCGUGAUUGGUGUGAAGCUAUAAAAGGGACCAUUAUGUUUCUGAUUCAGAAUAUCUAGUCUUCUCUCACUUUCUAAGAAUUAAACACGAGCUUUUCUCCCUUAUUGAUUAGUUGCUGAAGUAAAGGAACCCUGCUGCCUUCCCAUGCUAUCUGUUGACAUGGAAAACAAGGAAAAUGGCUCUGUCGGUGUAAAAAAGCAUGGAAAAUAUAGUUGCUUUACUAUGGAAUAUACUGUCACAAAGGUCAUUUCUAAAGAAGCCUAGGAUAAUCGUCCUUAUUAAUUGGCCAUGUACUCCUGAUCAGAACUUUAGUUUUAAAAGCUACUAUUUAUGGAGUCUCUUCUCUGUGACUGGCACUUUGUGUGACUCAUGUUAACCCUCACAAUCAUAAGUUCCAUGGAGAAUGGGAGACCUCCUGAUCCCGCAGACUGGGCUGUGAUGGAUGUUGUCAAUUAUUUCCGCACAGCAGGAUUUGAGGAACAAGCUAAUGUUUUUCAAGAACAGGAAAUUGAUGGAAAAUCCCUGCUGUUGAUGACAAGAAAUGAUGUGUUGACAGGACUCCAGUUGAAGCUGGGGCCUGCUCUGAAAAUCUAUGAGUACCAUGUAAAGCCUCUGCAGACCAAGCACUCGAAGAGCAGCUCUGCAUAGCACCGUCACCUGGGGCCUCGGACCUCAGGAACUAUGUAGCGACCUAAUUUAGUUUCAUGUGAUGAAACUUUGUAAGCAAAAUACAUACAUGUGUAUUUGGAAAAAUUCCAAUCAAAUGAAACGUUAUCCUAUUGGAUAGACUAGGCAAUCCAUCGGCUGACCUGAAUUCAGCCAGGAGCAGCGGGGACGACAUUCCACAGGAUGGUUUUCCUUGUGAGUUUGUCAGCGAGAAUGAUGUUUGACAUGACGAGGCACCCCUCCCCACAAAGGGGACUUUCUUCAUAGGUUGCUUCCCCAAAAUCCUUAGAAAGGGAUGGAAUGUGCAUCUUUCAGUCACAAAUGUAGGAAGAUUAAAAACAAGAAAAUGGUGGGAGGGGUAGAAAAGAGAAAGGGACUCCUUUGAAUUCCUCCGCUCCUUGGAGCUUGUGUUAUUUGGAUGGAAUUGCCGACACCCCUUUUUAUAGAGGGUCCUCCACUUGACCUUAUUAAGGUUUCACUGGGAUAUGCUGCGAUGUUUGCAAUGAACAUGUGUCACAUGGCCCCUCAGGAGCAGCACCGUAGCUCUGCAAAGAGAAAUCUGCUGUGCACCCGGGGUAUACAUCCGUAUUCAGCUAGCUUUCACAGGGGCUAAUGGUUUCUUCUGCCUAGAUUUGCUUUUAAAUUGGUUCUUGGUUUCUGAAGAAAGCAUUUUUUCACUUUAUUUUUGUUUGUAUUUAUAAUAAUUUGUUUGUGAAGGAAUUUGUCAAGAGUUACAGAUCAUAAGGCCUUGUUACUAGUACAGAUUAUUUUUAUAUUCCUUCAUGAUGGUGUAAUAUUUUUUUAAUUGCUCUGGUGCUUUGUUUGAUUUGUGGUUUGAACUUUUUUUUUAAGAACUUGAAAAAGUGGGCUUCCUACAUCUCUGUUCCAAGAGACAUUUGUUCAACCUCUGUGUGUCGAUGCCUUGUUGAAUUGGUGCUUUGUGGUUACAAUAAAGCAUUGCU